GGCAACUGCCACCACUUUUACUGGCUCUUCAACAAAAACAGGAGGAGAUGGCAAUAUUCUUAAUCAAUAACAAUGCCAACAUAUUCAUAUGUGAUAAGGUGUUAAGGACCAGCCUCAUCUAUGCUGUUAGAUAUGAAUUAGCAAAGGCUGCAGAGGUUUUACUUGAGAGAGGUGUAUCUGUCAUGGCAAGAGAUGGUUAUAAUCUCACGGCCAUUGAAUAUGCAGUUGAAAAUAAAAGUAAGAUUCUUCCAUUGUUGUUGGCUUACGCCAAGAAGAGGAGAACAACUUCAGAUGAUAGCGACACAUCAUCAACAACAGAUAAAGAGGAAAUAGCAGAAGACAAGAAAACCAGUCAUGGUGGCAGCGAAAAUAAUCAGACAUUGAGAAAAUCCACAAAGCAAGAAAUAGAAACCGAAGAAAGUAAGAAGAUCCAAGCUGCAGCAACAGAUGAACGGAAAAAAGCAGAAGACAAGAAAACCAGUCAUGAUGGCAGGGAAAAUAAUCAGAAAUUGCAGAGAAAAUCCACAAAGCAAGAAAUAGAAACCAAAGAAAGUAAGAAGAGCCAAGCUGCAGCAACACAUGAACGGAAAAAAGCAGAAGACAAGAAAACCAGUCAUGAUGGCAGAGAAAGUAAUCAAAAAUCGGAAAAAUCCACAAAGCAAGAAAUAAAAACCAAAGAAAUUAAGAAGAUCCAAGCUGCAGCAACAGAUGAACGGAAAAAAGCAGAAGAUAAGAAAACCAGUCAUGAUGGCAGAGAAAGUAAUCAAAAAUCGGGAGAAGCCAGAAAGCAAGAAACGAAAAACAAAGAAAGUAAGGCUAUCCAAGCUGGUAAGGUUGCAAAUAUGUGUGAAUAUUACUCCAUUCCAAACUCUCUUCCAAGAAGUGUAAGUGUACAAAUGCACAACAGUCUUCAUUUUCUUUAGUUUUUUUCUCUGUUGCUGAUUCUCUGCACCCCAGUGCUUCCUGAAAAUGCUUCAACCCUCUGAAAUACAUGCUUGCUAUUUAUAUUUUAUACAAUAUGGAA